CGCGCCCGCGCAGCGGCCCCUCAGGUACGCGGACAAGAUGGCGGCGGCAGCGGGGGACAGCGCUAUGGAGGUGGUGCCGGCGCUGGCUGAGGAGGCCGCGGCCGAGGCGACGGGCCCCAGCUGCCUGGUGCAGCUGCCGGGCGAGGUGCUGGAGUACAUCCUGUGCAGCGGCUCGCUCACGGCGCUCGACAUCGGCCGCGUGUCCAGCACCUGCCGUCGCCUGCGCGAGGUGUGCCAGAGCAGCGGGCAGGUGUGGAAGGAGCAGUUCCGGGUGAGGUGGCCCUCCCUGAUGAAGCACUACAGUCCCACCGACUACGUCAAUUGGUUAGAGGAAUAUAAAGUUCGACAGAAAGCUGGGUUAGAAGCCCGGAAGAUUGUAGCCUCCUUCUCCAAACGGUUCUUUUCAGAGCACGUUCCCUGUAAUGGCUUCAGUGACAUUGAGAACCUUGAGGGCCCAGAGAUUUUUUUCGAGGAUGAGCUGGUGUGCAUCCUGAACAUGGAAGGAAGGAAAGCUCUGACCUGGAAAUACUAUGCAAAGAAAAUUCUUUACUACCUGCGGCAGCAGAAAAUCCUCAAUAACCUCAAGGCUUUCCUGCAGCAGCCUGAUGACUACGAGUCCUAUCUUGAAGGUGCUGUUUACAUAGACCAGUACUGCAACCCGCUCUCCGACAUCAGCCUCAGAGACAUCCAGGCCCAGAUCCACAGCAUUGUGGAGCUUGUGUGCAAAACCCUCCGUGGCGUCAACAGUCGCCACCCCAGCCUGACCUUCAGGCCAGGCGAGUCCUCUAUGAUAAUGGAGAUAGAAUUGCAGAGCCAAGUGCUGGACGCCAUCAACUAUGUCCUGUAUGACCAGCUAAAGUUCAAAGGGAACCGCAUGGACUACUACAACGCCUUGAACCUCUACAUGCACCAGGUGUUGACCCGCAGAACAGGAAUCCCCAUCAGCAUGUCUCUGCUCUACCUGACCAUCGCCCGGCAACUGGGGGUCCCCCUAGAGCCUGUCAACUUCCCAAGCCACUUCCUGCUACGCUGGUGCCAAGGCGCAGAAGGGGCAACCCUGGACAUCUUUGACUACAUCUACAUAGAUGCUUUCGGGAAGGGCAAGCAGCUGACGGUGAAAGAGUGUGAGUACCUGAUUGGCCAGCACGUGACAGCGGCACUCUACGGCGUGGUGAACGUGAAGAAGGUGCUGCAGCGGAUGGUGGGCAACCUGCUGAGCCUGGGCAAGAGGGAAGGCAUUGACCAAUCCUACCAGCUCCUCAGAGACUCCUUGGACCUGUACCUGGCGAUGUACCCGGACCAGGUGCAGCUCCUGCUCCUGCAGGCCAGACUGUACUUCCACCUGGGCAUCUGGCCAGAGAAGUCUUUCUGUCUUGUCUUGAAGGUGCUUGACAUCCUGCAGCACAUCCAGACCCUCGACCCGGGGCAGCACGGGGCGGUGGGCUAUCUAGUGCAGCACACCCUAGAGCACAUCGAGCGAAAGAAGGAGGAGGUGGGCGUGGAGGUGAAGCUGCGCUCUGAGGAGAAGCACAGGGACGUCUGCUACUCCAUCGGGCUCGUUAUGAAGCACAAGAGGUACGGCUACAACUGUGUGAUCUACGGCUGGGACCCCACGUGCAUGAUGGGACACGAGUGGAUCCGAAACAUGAACGUGCACAGUCUGCCUCACGGCCACCAUCAACCCUUCUACAAUGUGCUGGUGGAGGAUGGGUCCUGUAGAUACGCAGCCCAGGAAAACCUGGAGUACAACGUGGAGCCUCAGGAAAUCUCACACCCAGAUGUGGGGCGCUACUUCUCAGAGUUCACAGGCACACACUACAUCCCAAAUGCAGAGCUGGAGAUCCGGUACCCCGAGGACCUGGAGUGUGUGUACGAGACAGUGCAGAAUAUUUACAGUGCCAAGGAGGACACAGCCGAGUAAACUCAGGGGAUGUCCCAUCCGUGCUGCUGCUGCUGCUGCUACCCUCUAGGGGAACAGGAUUCCUGAAGGACGCGUGCUGCCCCUGGAGCCAGCACAGGACAGCCACUUCACCAGCAGCCCGGCCGCCUCCCCAGUUUAGAUGGUGUGCGCUCCUCCAGCCACAGACAGGCUGCUCUCCGCUACACUAGUGAACCAGUUGAAAGGCACCGUGUCCAGUGGCAUGGCUCGUCUGCUUGUCCCGUGGUGACAGUGUGUGACUUUCUGUCUUCAUGAGGUCUCACCGUCUGUCCAUUCUGUCCUCUCACCCCCAUCCCAUCCCUGUCUCCAUCUGUCUUGUGUCAGCGUCUCUCCGCUGGACAGUCUGGGGGCCAUGUUUCCUCAUAUCUGGAACACAGGCCACCACGUCCAGCCCGCCGCCCUCUGCCUUGUGUUAGGUUGUCCUUGGAGGAAGGCGCGGAGCUGGGAUCAGAAUGAUCACAGUUCAGUUAUGUGCUAAUACAGAAACGCAGGUCUCAAGUGUUGCCCUUCUCUCCCUCUGGGUCUGUGCACAUGUCUGCUGUUGUGAGCUCUGUCCUGUUACAUUGGUUCUCUGGGCAAAUGCACAGCAAUGGCCUUCCCGAGUGAUGGUCUCCAUGCUCAGGAGCUGCUCCUGUAAGAUGACUACUCCUUGUUUAACUUUAGGAUUCUACUCCAGUAUCAUGAGUGAGUCUUAGAGCGGCUGUGGGCCCGCUUCAGUAGCGAGGCCCACAGAUCAAAUGAAAAUUGCUUUUAAAAUUUGUACCUCCCAGUCCCAAACCAAGAGAACGGGUCUGUUCUGAUCAGGAAAAUGAGCUGAAGAAGCCUAACCGGGCGAGGCUGGCCUCCCUCAUGGUCCCUGCCGCCCCCUGAGUCACGUCCAGACCCUCCAUGUUGAGAGUGCUGGGCUAAUGGGAAGAGGAUGCAUGCUUUGGGCUUCAGGCUGCCGGCUGAAGAUCUGAAGGCUCCAGGGCAUGGACUCCUGGAUAAGGUCUAGCCUCAGGUCUCCCUGGCCUCUGUCGGAUGCUGUCCGUGAGUAUGAAAGGACCAAGCCUUUUCCAGUUCCUAGGGGGCCACCUGGGCCGAUGGCACUCCGGUCCUGUCUUCACAAUGCCAUUGCUCUAGUGAGUGGGGCUCUAGGGGGCUGCCUGCCAGCCUCGCCCUCCCGCCUGCCUGCCGCAUGUGCAUCCUCACAUCCUCCGCCACGGCCCUUCCCCUGCCUCAGGGUGACUGAGGUGGUCUCUAGGACAGGAGGGAAGCUUGAGGUUCUUACAGCUGAAAAAGCUCCUGUCCUGUCUGUGCCUCCCCAGUCAGAGGUGGGGUUGAGCUUACAUUUGGAAAUGUAGCUACUCAGAGCAUCUGCCUGAGGUUGGGGGGUUUUACACCUACUCACUUAAAGGCGAGAACCAGCCCACGAGGACUCACACCCCUGCAUCCCAGUACCGAGCAGCCGCGGAGCAUGCUGGGAGUCUCCAUUACUGGGUUUCUGCUUUGGUUUCCUUUUUUCAGUAGAGAAAUGUCAAAGCUGAGGAAGAUGGCUUCCCUCCCUGACCUGACUGUAAAUAUGUACCUAGACUGUUUUUAAAUGUGUUUCUUCACGAAGGCUUCGUUUGGCUGAGGGAGCCUAUAUCACCCGUGUAAGUUGGUAUUUGGGCACUUUAUAUUUUUCUAAAAAUGUGUUUUGGAUCCUGUACUCUAAUAAAUCAUAAGUUUCUUUUUAAAAAUUUU